UAUACAUAUGAUACACACAAGUUCUGCUCCCAUGAUAGUUCGAGUCAUAUUCAUCAUCCAUUUCCACAUCAGAAAAAGGGCUAAACGUUUAAUUUGAACUGUUUUUCUUUGGGGAUUAGAUUAGUUCUUUCUUAUGGAAAACGAAGAUAAAGCCCAGAAACCCAUCAAGUACAGGGGGAUCCGGAGGCGGCCAUGGGGGAAAUACGCAGCUGAAAUACGCGACCCGAAUAGAAAUGGAGCCCGAUUAUGGCUCGGAACUUUCGAAACCGCCGAAGAAGCUGCUCGGGCUUAUGACCGAGCUGCCUAUGCUCUGAGGGGUCAUCAAGCCAUUCUCAACUUCCCCAACGACGGGCAUUACCGAAUCAACAAUGAUUAUGCUGCCGGGUCGCUCGGUUCCGGGUCAAGUAGUAGUAGCUACAACCUUUCGGGUCAGUUGCCGGCGUCUUCGUCGAUUUCUUCUUCUACGGUUAGCCCCGGAAGAACGGGUCAUUUGGAGCUGGAAGAGGAUCCGGAGCGGGUUAUUGAGAUUGAGUAUUUGGAUAAUAAGCUGCUUGAUGAGCUUCUGGCUGGUGGUGGAGGCGGGUCGCAGUCUCAGAGGCCUUUGGAUAUUAACAAAAGGAAAAGGCUUUCUUGAUUUUAUUAUUACUAGGUUUUAGCUUUAAUUAUUAUUUUGGAUUCAUUUAAUCUCGAAAAAAAAAAAGCCGCCUUCUUCUCUUCUUGUGACCUUGUAGGUAGGCUAAUAACUUCAUUAUUUGUGUUUCAAAUUUCGUUUUUGGAUCCAUUUUUCUUACUUGUUUGUAAUGUUUUGCCGGUUUAUGAAAAAAUUGAUUCAUUCUUUUUCAAUUCCAUGGUAAUAAUAGGUUGUGAAGUGAUUCUAGGAACUUGCAAAUUUCUUCAUAAAUGAGACUUUCAGGAUGUUCCUUAUAAUAUUUCCCUUACAAGUCAAUCUAUUGUAUAGUAUUAAUUCAACAAAGUAAAUAACAUUUUAUUGGGGAUAGAGGAGUAAGUAACAUUUUGUGGCCUAAUUUGACAUAGGGUUUAGGGUUGAGAACUUUUGAUGGUAAAGGUUAUCAUUUAGAAUAUUGGUCAUCUGUAAACUUUUAUAUAUAGUUAUUGAAAUAUAGGGGUUUUGGUAAAAACAAACAAGAAGGCGCUUGUUAGUUUUCUGUGUGUGUUUUGGUACGACAAGAAGGAAAUUGAGGAUUAUCCAUUACCUCAUCUUUAUCUAAUAGAUGUAACGAUGAAGGUUAUGAAAAUUGCAAACUGUAUCAUACCUACGGAUAUAUAGAUGUUUAAAUUGAUAGC